UCGUUUAAAUGGAUCUUCAAAGAGCCUCGUUUCGUAACUGGAAGAGAGACGGACAGUUGCCAUUCGAGGGAAAUCCCAAAACCCUAGACUUCUCCGUUCGAUCCAUCGCUGGAGAUACUGGACUCCGAUCGGAGGACCACGAUGACGCUACGGCCCGGGAAUCAGGCCACGGCGCGGAGGAAGUCGUACAAGGCCGGAGUGGACGUCGUCGUGGGGUGGCGGCGGCGGGAGCGGAACCUGGUGGAGAUCAGGAAGGUCAAGCGAGAGGACAUCCUCGUCAAGAAGAGGAGGCCGGAGCGCGUACAGGCCUCUCAUCACGCGUCGAACGAGUCUCCCGCGCUCGCUUCGGCGUGGGUCGACACUAAGUCGGAAAACCUGCAAAGAAUAACUCAGGAAGUGUGGUCUGAAAAUCCCACCGCGCAAUUAGAAGCAACUAGUGAAUUCAGGAUGAUGCUAUCAUUGGAACACAGCCCUCCAGUUAAAGAAGUCAUUGAGGCUGGUGUUGUUCCACGUUUUGUGGAAUUUCUUUCACGAUAUGAUAAUCCACCAUUGCAGCUUGAGGCUGCUUGGGUACUAACCAAUAUAGCUUCUGGAACCUCCGAGCAUACACAAGUCGUCAUCGAAAAUGGUGCAAUUCCAAUGUUAAUACAGCUUCUCAAUUCUCCAAUAGAGGAUCUUAGAGAGCAGGCGGUGUGGGCACUUGCUAACAUAGCUGGUGAUUCAACAAGUGCUAGGGAUCUUAUUCUUACUCAUGGAGGGCUCCUAUCUUUAGUGACCCUAUUCAACGAACAUUCUAAAAUGUCGUUGCUAAGAAUUGCCACAUGGACAUUAUCCAAUUUAUGCUGUGGGAUUCCACCUGCAGCACUGGAACAUACAAAACCAGCUAUUCAGGUACUUCAGCACCUUAUGUUUUCAUCGGAUGAAAGUAUUAUAGUAUCUGCCUGUCGAACCUUGGGUAGCAUUGCUGAUGGGACAAGUGAAAAAAUUCAAGCUGUCAUAGAGGCAGAUGUUUGUCCUCGACUAGUGGAUCUUUUGUCGCAUCCAUCAUGUCAAGUUGUUGACUUUGCACUUAGGGCAAUCGGCAAUAUCAUUAUAGGAGAUGAUCUGCAAACUCAGGUUGUUAUAGAUAGGGGCGCUCUUCCUUUCUUGUUCCAACUUCUUUCAGAAAAUAACAGAAAGAACAUUAAAUGGGAAAUUUGCUGGGUCAUUUCCAACAUCACAGCAGGGAAUCAAGCUCAAAUUCAGGCCGUUAUCGAUGCAAAUAUUAUCGGUCCUCUAGUUCAUCUAUUGCGACAUGCGGAAUUUGACAUCAAGAAAGAGGCUGCAUGGGCUUUAUCAAAUGCGACUAAUAGGGGUUCUAAUCUUCAAAUUCAGUAUUUGGUGAGUCAGGGGUGCAUCGAGGUUUUAUGUAAUCUUCUUGUCUGUCCAGACCCCCAAAUUGUGAUGGUAUGCCUUCAAGGACUCGAUAAUAUACUCAAGGCUGGAGCGAUGGAGAAGGGGCUCGAUAAAUGUGGACUAAAUCGGUAUGCUCAGUUCAUUGAUGAAUGCGAGGGAUUAGAAAAGAUUGAGGAUCUGCAGCAGCAUGAAAACAGUCAGAUAUAUGCGAAGGCUGUUAGGAUGCUCGAGAAGUAUUGGGUUGAAGAAGAAGAAGAAGAAGAAGAAGAUGAAGCACAGGAUGCACAAGGCGCCAUCGAAUGUGCUGAACCUUCAUCCGAGUUCCAAGACGAACAAUCUAGUCUCACUUCGACCGAGCGCUUAUAACCAGAGGUGCGUGUGGUAAACCGAAGGCCUAUAUAGGUUGGCAAUUUUGCAUUUUCAACCGGAACAAAAUCGGUUCGAUUUUGCUUGUCAUUGAUUCAUCUGAACCGACUUAUUGCAUCAAACCAUUGCAAUUUUAGCUACAUCAAACCAGAACAAAAUCGGUUCAAUUGAAGACUAAUUUUGUGUUGUAUGUAGAUCAUGCUAAUAUUGUGUACAUAAACCAGAUUUUUUUUUUGUAGCAACGUUAUUCUGAAAUGUAAUUAGCUAGUGAUUUCUUGAGGUA